CACGCACCACUGACUAACAGCGGUUUCGGCACGGUCUCUAACAAUGGACUUCGAAACGAAGAUUUAUACCAGAAUCGGUGGAUAUGGACGAUAUAACAGAAUUGUUUCCAUAUUCAGCUGGUUUCCGAACUUUGCUGUGAUGCUGAACCUUUUUUGCGACGUUUUUUACACUCUGAUUCCUGGGUCGUACCACUGUAAACCCGACCCGACCCUUUUACCUUCAGGUUUUCUUUUCAGUAAUUAUUCCAGACAAGGGUAUCUUAAUUUUACCAUACCGUGGGUGAAUGGCUCUGGACUGAGUCACUGUGAACUUUAUAAGUACCCUAGAAACGUCUCCAACUUCAUAGACAGCAUUCCAAAGGAGAUAGUGCCAUGUACGAGAGGAUGGGAGUACGACCAAGCUGCGGCGCUUCAAAGCAACUACGUGACGGAGUGGAACCUAGUGUGUAGGGACUACUGGAAGAUUCCUCUGCAGCACAUCUGCUUCAUGACAGGGUGGAUUGUGGGAUAUGUCCUCCUGGGCACAGUGUGUGACUGGUUGGGUCGUCGACAGGGCUUCCUGCUGUCUGUGUCUCUGUCCGGUCUGUUAGGAGUAGCUGUGUGUCUGUCCAACAGCCCUGUAGUGUUUCUGCUGCUACGCCUGUCUCAGGGCGCCAUGUUGGCUGGGGUCUUCCUCUCCUCUUACCUCGCCAGACUGGAGCUGUGUGAUCCUCCCCAUCGUCUCAUGGUUGAAAUGGUCAGUGGUUUCUUUGCCAUCGCGGCAGAGCUCUUGUUGCCAGGGCUGGCGGUGCUGUGUCGUGAUUGGCCAGUUCUUCAAGCAGUGGCUACCUUGCCACUGCUCCUGCUGCUCUCCUAUUGGUGCUGUCCAUCAGUGUUUCCCGAGUCUCCACGCUGGCUUCUGGCCACAGGUCAGAUUCACCAGGCUAAGAGGUGUCUCCAGAGCUUCACCAUCAGGAACAGAGUGUGUCUCAGUGAGGACAUCUACCCUGCUGAGAACCUGCUCUCAGAGAUAGAUGCGGAGUACCCAGAUGAUACUCAGCCUUUCUACCACUCAGUCCUGGAGUUGCAUUCCACCCAAGUGAUCUGGAGGAACUGCCUCAUCCUUAGCUUUACUAUGUUCAUAGGCACAGGCAUCCAGUACUGUUUCAUCAGGAACCUCCACAGCUACUCCCACAACUUCUACUUUAGUUACUUCCUGCGUGUGCUGACUGGCGCUCUGGGAUGUAUCUUCCUCUGCCUGUCCGUCAACCGCUUUGGUCGCCGUGGUAUCCUGCUUCUGUCUGCCAUUAUCACCGGCCUGUCCUCGCUGCUGCUGCUGGCCCUCACACAGUAUCUGCGUGGAGUGCUGGUGUUGGUGCUGUCUGUGUUGGGGCUCCUCUUCUCCCAGGCCCUGGCCAUGCUCAGUGUAUUCUUCGCCAGUGAGGUCAUGCCCACCGUAGUCCGUGGUGGUUGUCUGGGGCUGGUGCUAGCGUCUGGCUGUAUGGGGAUGGCUGCUUCCUCUAUGAUGGAGCUCCAGAACAACAGGGGUUACUUCCUCCAUCACGUCAUUUUCGCCUCCUUCGCCGUCCUCUCGGUGCUGUCCAUCAUGCUGCUCCCGGAGAGCAAGCGCAAGCCGCUACCCGACUCUCUGAAGGACGGAGAGAGCCAGCGACGGCCCCCUCUCUUUCUGUCCCGUGAAGACAACCUGCCCCUGCUCUAUACCCGGCGUGGAGCCUCCGAGUACAACCCUGAUAACUACUCCCGCCUGGUCUCCGCCACCAGGAAGAUGCUCAUCAAAGACAAUUUACCCUAUAAGAUCGUUGUGCCCUCCCAGUCCCCGCUGCUGCCUUCCAACAGCGAGGUGCACUGCAUACUGGAGGAAGAGGCACUAAGAGAGGACUUGUCUUAGCAGCCUCUAACUACAAUCAUCCGAUCUCCUCUCCCACAGAGAGACCUCGCCUCAAACCCACUGAAUAUCUCUCCCCACCACACUGAGACAGUGUGAUCCAGACUCGUAUCGCUCUGAACGACGGGUCUUCUUGGAUACUUUGAAGGGGAGGAGAGUUUGACGUGUGUAUUUACUGUGUCCGUUUUUUGUUGUUGUUGUGCCAAAUGUUUCAAAUAAUGCAAAAAACUGAUGUGUGUGUGUGCUUGCACAGACUCUACUGAAAGACUGUGUGCUAGUCCUUUGUUUUUGUACUGAUGGAGAUCUGCUGUUUCUAAGACGGUGUUAACACCCUCUCUUCUCCAGGUUGUGCAGCAAGGAGCUAUGGCUUUAUUAACCACUAAGGCUAAAUGCUCACUUGAGAAGCGUUGCUUGUCCACUUAACUGGUGACUUGUGCUUUUCAUUACUGCAGAGUGAAAGCGAGAGAGCAGGGUCCUGACUGUUACUUAAUCUGAUUCACUGGUGACUCAACGAGGGGAACUCACAGAUAAAAGUCAGUUUGGUUCAAACUGGAAUGUGUUGUAGCCAAUUGUUUGAUUUUAGCGGGGAACUCGAAGUAUCAGUCACUGAUAAUAUCACCGAAGCUAUGACCUUAGCAAUGAAAGGUCAUUCCAUCCUGUCCACUUGUUGGACAUGUGUUAAGAACAUGAGGUGUUGUCACAUGAUGAUUUGCACCCGGAACAGAGUUCUUAGAUAAAGAGUUGUUUUAGAUUAUUGAAAUGUGAUUAGGUCAUGACCUCUACUCUGAGUCAUUAUAAACUGGGUGGUUCGAGCCCUGAAUGCUGACAGCUGUGGUAUAUCAGACAAUAUACCACGGGUUUGACAAAAAAUGUAUU